GCGCAUAAACGCGCUCCAUAGAUUGUGUUUGCGCGCAUUGGCGAGCAAGAUGGCGCUGUGGCGUGUCAGCACCGCGGACAGCUCCUGACCGGACAGCUCGCGGCGUUCCAGUUGUUUGGUAGCUUUCUUCUGGGGUCACGUGCUCUCGUUCGCUCGGAGCCCCCCAGAUGCUGUGAAUGCAUCCAGGUGUCGCGGGAAGACGGAAGUCACAUCCCGGAACAACUCGACUGCUGAACAGUCCUCCUCCUCCUCGUCGUCCUUCAGGAGGAAGACAGCCAUCCAGCGGCCUCGGCCCGCGGUGACUUCUCACCGGAGGAGGAGCGCCGUUCCGCCUCGAUGACGCCGCUGUGAGAUGGAGGUGCGCGCGGAGCGAUCACGAGGAGAAAUGACGCUCCGAUCAAGAGCCAUUGGUGCCCAGCUCUCUGCCACCCGAGCCCGCAGCUCUGCUUUCCAAUGAUGCGUCUCAUAACCGCCGAUAGGACGAUGUUGGUGCUCCUGGUGACGAUGUCUGCGGUGGGUUUCAGCCCCGGCUUCGCCCUCAGCUCCCAUUUCAGCUCAGAUGGCGCUCCGCUGAGCGAGCUGUCCUGGUCCUCCUCCCUGGCCGUGGUGGCCGUCUCCCUCACGGGCCUCUUCACCUUCGUCUUCCUCAUGCUGGCCUGCCUCUGCUGCAAGAAGCGCAAGACCGGCUUCAAGGAGUUCCGGAAUGUGGACGGGGAGCAGUACCACGCAGAUAUGUCCACUCUGGCCUCGCCGGCCUCCCUGGGACGCCCGGACGUCUACAUCCUGCCCCUCACCGAGGUGUCCCUGACCGUCGCCAAGCAACCAGCAGUUCCACUGCUGAAGUCCACAGAUCUCAGCCGGCACUGCCUCCUCUACCUGAAGGAGAUCGGGAAUGGCUGGUUCGGGAAGGUUCUGCUUGGGGAGGUGAACGCAGGCCCGAACACCACCCAGGUGGUGGUGAAGGAGCUGAAGGCCGGCGGCAGCGUGCAGGACCAGAUGCACUUCCUGGAGGAGGCCCGGCCUUUCCGCGGCCUUCAGCACCCGGCCCUGCUGCAGUGCUUGGCCCAGUGCACCGAGGUCACUCCCUACCUGCUGGUGAUGGAGUUUUGUCCACUGGGUGAUGUGAAGGGUUACCUCAGAAGCUGCAGGACCUCAGAGAGCAUGACCCCAGAGCCCCUGGUCCUUCAGCGGAUGGCCUGUGACAUUGCAUCGGGACUCUUGCACAUGCACAAACACAACUUCACGCACAGUGACCUGGCUUUGAGGAACUGCUUGUUGACGGCUGAUGUCUCAGUGAAGAUUGGAGAUUAUGGCCUGGCACAGAACAAGUACAAGGAUGAUUACUACGUGACAUCGGACCAGAUGUGCGUCCCGCUGCGCUGGAUCGCCCCGGAGCUGCUGGACGAGGUGCACGGAAACCUGCUGGUGGCUGACCAGACGCCGCAGAGCAACAUGUGGUCUCUGGGCGUGACGAUCUGGGAGCUGUUUGAACUCGGCAACCAGCCCUACAGACACUACUCUGACAGACAGGUGCUGACCUACGCUGUGAGGGAGCAGCAGCUACGACUCCCCAAACCGCUGCUCCAAGUGCCGCUGGCUGAGCGCUGGUAUGAGGUGAUGCAGUUCUGCUGGCUCCAGCCUGAGCAGAGGCCCAAUGCAGAGGAAGUCCACCUGCUGCUCAGCUACCUGUGUGCCAAGGGGGCCUGCGAGGCUGAAGAGGACUUUGAGAGGCGGUGGAACUCCCUGCGUCCCAACACCGUAUUCAACAGCCACCGCUGUGCAUCGGCAAAGACCCGAGACCACCCCUCCUCCUCCUCCUCUUACCCCCUCCUCGAGCAGUUCUCAGGCGGUGACGGCUACCACUCGGAGUCCGGCGACGACGUACUUACGGUCACAGAGACCAGCCAUGGCCUGAACUUUGAGUACAAGUGGGAGCAGGCCAGAGCGGACCAGUCGUACAGAGCCCCGGACUCAGCCAGGACCCUGGGGCAGGUCAACCAUCAUCAGCAGGAGGCGUUCUACCCACCCGGGGGCAUCGUGGGAGGCUGCCCCACGGAGAGCCUCGGCCAACGACUUUCUCCUUCUUACUACCAAUCCAAACAUCUUCACGCACCAAGCAUACUUCCCGUCCUCAGCGCCCACAGCCCCUCAGCGGGCAGUGAAUACUACAUCCGCAUCGAGGAGGCAGGAGACCGUAACAUAGAUCCGGACUACACCAUGUGCUCCUACAGCCCCGACUUCCUAGGCAGCAGCGGGAGCUUUCUGACUGGCAGCGCCGACUCAGGCGACUGUCUGGCCUGCCCCCCACAGACCAGCACGGGUCCCUUCUGGUCAGCAGACAUCCACAAGGCCGACAUGUUCGACUCAAACGACUCGAGUCCCGCCAUCUCCCUCACGAUGGAGCCCCUUUUGGGGCAAGUGUUGGACAAUAGCCCUCUGCGACCCUGGGAGUCAAGUCACUACGUAUCGUAUAAAGACAGAGACGGGGGUUACUACUAUGAGCACUCGCCCCCUCUGGGGAUUGAUCACUACCUGAUUGGCCGUGACUCCUCCAGUGCGCGUCACCAAGAGAGCUGGGGGUCAAGGAGCCUGCGGCAGGCCUUGGGUGAGCUGGAGAACCCACUCGGCCUAUCAACUGCCGUGAACGGUACACCUCAGCAGGCCUACGCUGAUGCCUACGCGGACACGGGUCAGACCGCCAUCAUAGGAAAGAACGUGACGGGGGGCUACUACGACAUGAUGGGCUCCUUGAGGAAGACCAUGCCCGGCCACACCAGGCACACCAGCCAUUCUGUCAGCAUUAACAUGGACACGGAGGGCGCACUCUUCAUCGGGCACAGAGACAGCGAUACGGAGGAGGAAGAAGAGGAGGACAUAUUUGUUGAGAGACACACCUGCAACACUUGGCCAUCAAAACAUCGGCACAGCAGCGGGGGUCACAGCCGACGCGCUAGCCACAGCUGCAGACAGGACGCUUACGUGGAUUUCCACUACACGAUGCCAAGUACGGAUGUUGAGGACUCCUGGCCUGAGGAGCACAGCCUGGCCUUCCGCUCGCUCCCCAGACCCGUGGACUAUCUUGACCACCAGGCCAAAGACAACAGCGCCUGCCUUAGCCUGAGCAAACAUCACGCGAUGGUGCCCUCAGACGACUGCAGCGCGUACAUCUACCUGUGCCAUGAGGGCGGGACUCCACCCGGGGAUUGCUGCCACUCGCACUUUGUGGACCCGCUCACAGGCCUGCUGGUCAGAAACAACAGUCACAGCUACUGUCACAGCGGCUACAUCAGCGACAAGGCCAUUGGCGCCCCAGGCGCAGACGAGAUGAUCAAUCUAUCGCCGGCCCCGGGGGGCCCCAUCGUGGCCAAGCCCUCUGCGAUGAAGGCCGACGUCAGCAGAGAGCCGUACGUUGACCUUAAAACCGCCGAAUCGCUCUUCGUAGGCAAGAGGAGCGAUGUGAUCAAAGACCGUCCAGUCACGCCAACGCCAACGCCAACCGCGCCCGAGACAGUCGAGGUGGCCCCGGCGGUGACCGUAACCACUCCGCCCCCUGACGACAACAUGCACGUGAUGGUGGCGCGCACAGACCCGCCGUCUGAGAUGAGUCACACCGGCGACAGCGGAGUUGACCGAGGGGGCUCCAGCGCCAGCCUCGCCGACGCCCUCGACUGCAGCGAGGACGACGACGCGACCGAUGACAUCACCGACGUCACUUCGGGAAUCUUCGCGGACGAGUCCGGCGAGCCGGGGGGCGCCUCGCCCGCCCUCAAGUCGCUACAGAAGCAUGUGGGGACUCCUGAUUCCAUGGAUUCCAUGGAUCUGCCCUCUGCGGCGGGGUCUUGUGAAGCCUUCAGCCCCGCGUCCUCCCACCCGUCCUGCUCGCCUAAAGCUAUGGACAGUGGAUACGACACAGAAAAUAAUGAGAGCCCGGAGUUUGUACCAAAAGAGCCUCACGAGCCCCGAGAACCACCCGUGGGAAAUCCUUCUUCCCCCGAUCCGAGUCCGGAGGAGGACAAGGAGCCGGAGGGGCAGGAAGUCGAGGGUGAGGUGGAGCAAGAGGAGGCGGAAGCUUCAUCAGACCCGCAGAGCGGCGAGGACAGUCUUCUGCCACUGAGCGAUAAGACUCCGUACAGAGACUCUGCCUACUUCUCAGACUACGAGAAUGAAAGGCAGUCCAGAGAUGAAGAGGAAGAGCCGUCAGAGGGACUGAGAGAUGAAGAAAACGUUCAAAAAGAACCCCCCAUGGGAGAAAGGAAAGGCGAGAAAAGGAAGAACGAUGAGGAGGAGCUAAGUGACACCAUGCUUGACAAUGACAUCAAACUGGACAUGAAACACAACGUGAUCUCAUCUCAGCUCCAGCUGGACGCACAUUGGAUUGAAGAGCGUGACCACGAUGUGGAGCCCAGUGACAGCGCCUCGAUGGAUGAAUGGCCAUCUCAGGAGGAGAGCUCGUCCCUGGGGGACUGGGCUGCAGAGGUGGUGGUGGCCAUGGAAGAAGCCCUUGGUGCCCUGAAAGGAGAUUGUACCCCCAACGAGGAGGAGGAGGAGGAGGAGGAGGAGGAGGAAGCGGACAAUUCCGCUCAGGAGUCGGAAACAACAGACAAGCCGAGUGUGAAUGAGACCAAGACCAGAGCGUGCAGGGUCUCCGGUGAGAUGCCCAAAGACGAGGUGGCCCUGCAGCACGCGGCGAGCACCAGGCGCUUCUCCUCGUCCUCUCCUCCGCCCCCGGCCAGCCCCCCCCCUCCGCCCAGUGCAGCAGAGGGUGACGGCGGCGAGGAGGACGCCGACAGCGACGACAGCGACGAGUCGGACGAGGAGCUGCGGAUCUACAGCGUGCAGGAGCAGAGCGGCGGGGAGGAGAGCGACGACGAGUGCCACCCGGUGCCCAUCGUGGUGAGCGACAGCAGCGGAGAACCACACCUGCGCAGCCUCCUGAAGACGCCGCACCUGCCGACCCCAGAGAGCCAGGAGCAGCACUUCGGAUCCAAGAGGAAGACGGUGUCUUUUUUUGACGACGUCACCGUCUACCUGUUCGAUCAGGAAAGUCCAACCAAAGAGCUGUCUGAGCACGGCUCCCCUCUCGCAGCCGAAGGUCAGAGUUCACGGAGCAAAUCCCAAGAAAGGCCCAAUGCUUCGGACGACUCGUCGGACGGGAACAUCUCAGAGGAGAGCGCAGGAUAUGAGUGGGAGGACGACUUCCCGCUGCUCCCUCUCCCCACCUGCUCCGUGGCGUCCGACUCCUCGCCCCCCCGCUCCACCCCCAAACCAGCCGCUCCGUUCUCCCGCUUCACCGUCUCCCCCUCCAACGCCUCCCGAUUCUCCAUCACUCACAUCUCCGACUCCGACGUGGACUCCGUGGGAGGAAGCAGCGAGGACGGGGACAAAGAAUAACGAGCUGUGGAUCUUCAGCGCCUCUCCCUGACGACCCGCUAGCAUGACUUCUAACUAGUUUUACAACGUCAGGUUUUAGAAACAGAAGACAGUGCCUCUUGCCGCCCGUGGUUGAAGCUUAUGGACCUGAGCUGUUUAGAAAGCCCAAAAGAGAAUGAUUAAUACAAGCAAUUUACAGGAUAUUCAUAUAUUUACUGUAUGUAAGAUGUAUAGAAAAAGCAGAGAGGACUUUCAAUUGUGCAUAUUUUUCAGGUCAAAGAGACACAAUGGAUGGAGAGGACUUUGGAAACCCCUCGUGUACGACUCACCAGAGUUAGACUGACAGUCAGGCCUAAAGUUAGACUGAGAUAAAGACCCUUCCUCAGAGGAUCAGCACUCUGAAGGAUCCACACAGCGCUCACACUUUAGGAAGCUUAGCUCGUCUUAAUGAAUAUCCACAAGAAUCCUUUAGGUAUCACAAGUAAUAUAUUGUUAUAAUUUGGCCAUAACGUGAAAAAGAAGGUUGCAGCAUGUUUUCUUUGCAAACAGCUGAUUGAACCUGGACAAUGUAUUAUGGGAUGUUGAGUGACUCUUUUCUUUUGUACCCGGACCACUACUGUUUGACAUGAAUACGUGGCUCACUUCCUCUGUCCCUCUGUGCGGUAGCUAUGGGGCGCAGCCCGGUCACCAUAGCAACGGGGAGAUUGAACUCUGGUUAAAGGUCGAACAGGUCGAAGCAAUGCAUGCUUUCAAGUAUCCAUCAAGCAGCAUCUACAGGGAUGUGUUGCUUAGAGACAAAAGAAGGACCGUGUUCCCUUUCGCUUUGGAGAGGAAACGUGCUCUUCUUCGUCGUGUCUCCUCUUCGUCAUGAAGAGUCGAGGACACCUGUGUGCUGGGAAGUAUGAAUGAGGCGUAUUCCACAAUAUAUGUGAUGAUUGUGUUAUUUGAUAAUGACGUGUCAGGACAAAAUACGGUUGAUCCUCCCAUCGAUGAACCUAACAUGGCCGAAAAGUGACGCUUCACGAAGGCCGGAUGGCAGCAGGUAAAGUCUCAGAUGUCUGUUUGUUUCCAUAUCAUCAUGUGACCAAACCCUAUAAGCCAGCGUUUAAAUACAAACAUGCACAACUUGAUUUAAAAUGCCCUUAAAUGCUAUUUCUGCCUGCUCGUUAGUCUCAUAGAAGGGAGGACCUCAGCGGGACCUUCUCUCGCUGCACGUGGUCACAUGGGCUGAGAUCCAUCCCCUCAGCCAAUGAGGCGGCUUUUCGCUUCUCAUAAACCAACGAGAGGAGGAAGCAUCAGUGUAAAC